UUUGUGUCUUACGAUUGGUUCUUAUUGGUCUUAAUGGGAGCAUUUUUAAAGAAUCACAGAACGACUCUGCUGUUAAAGUUCAGGUUUAACCAAUGACUAUACAAGAGAGCUGGACUGAGUGAGUGUGAUCUCACCCACAGAAAAAAGUAUACUUUCAGCUCCAACCAACAAAAAAAAAUUCAGGUGCCAUUUUUUUGUUUCUUGCCAUCCAGAUACCCUCUGGACCUUUUUGGCUUUUUGGAGCCAGUAGGUACUUCCUGUUUGGAAUGCCAGGGGGGCGGAGUCACUCAGUCCAAUUAUCUCAGAUGGUCAUAGUGUUUUACAAUUAUAUUUGCAUAAAAGUAAUCAUUUGUGGGCCUCUAGGGGUUUGUUGAUGUCACUGAACAGUUUUUAACACUAUAAAGUUGUUAUUUUUUCCUGGUAAAUACUAAUUGAUCAGCUUUUGUUUGGUUCCUUUGGAAGAAUUCAAACUUUUCUUGAUGAAGGUUAAUUUUUGUACCAUUUGUCAAUCAUGUGGAAAGUGUUUUGUGAAAAAUAAAUCAAGGUUUAAUUGCUUUAAAUAAACUAAAUUUAAAUCAAAUUGCAAACCAGUGAAUCAAAAUCAAAUUGAUUUAAUACUUGUAGAUGUGAAGAAUGAAACUAUAGGAAAGAUGGGAAAAACAUGCUGAAACAGGUCCAACUUUUUAUGUUUUUAUUUUUUUAUUUUGAAGGCAUGUUUUUCACUUCCGGUCAUGUUGUUGCAUUUGCGUUUUUCAGCGAUAUUUGAACUGUUUAUUGUUAAUCAAAUAUAAGAUAAUUUAAACAAUGUAGGCUAUUAGGUUUAUAUAAUUGUAUCAUACAUCAGUACAAAAUAGAUUUUGAAUUUUUAAGCCAACAUCAAGUGAAACUGAAAGUUUUUCAACUUAAAUUCAAAAGGUUUAAUUUUGUAACUUUGAUUUUUUUUUUUUUUUUUUUUUUAAGGAACACAUAUUCUUUAAAGUCAUACAAAAAACAGUCGUUUGACUGAAUAUUUGAUAUUUUGGGUAGUAGGCUACUCUCGAUAAAUGUAAUAUUACACAUUUAAGUGUACUCUUAACAUUUUGCUUAAAAAUUCUAUUUUACGAGGUGUACGUGAAGGCAACAUCAAACUCAGGCGGCGUCUUUGAAGUGGGCUUCACCGCUCCCUUUCAGACUCAUGAAUGACUUUGAGGAAGCAGACUUUUGGACUCAGAUAUGGCGUUCACAAAAACAACAAAGAAAGAUAAAGAAGGAACAUGUGGAAAACAAAAAAGAACAGAAGUCAGUAAAAAGCCGAAAAGUUCAAACAGGCCAGAGCAGCCAGGGGAAAAAGAAACGGUCCAAAUUCAAAGAGGCGAUGAAGGAGAGGAAUGAGAAGAAGAAAGAAAAGAAAAAGAAAAGGAAGAAGUUAGAAAGAGAAGAGCAUCAAACGGCUGCAGCAUCAAACCCUCAGCAGGAGGAGAAGUUGAGGCCAGAAUGUCGGACUCUUGACUUCAUGGAGAAAAGCAGAAGAACAAAGAAGGUGCAGUUUGCUUCUUUCCCGCAUUACAUCCGAGUGACACGUCCCACAUUCUCCUCAUCCUCAACCAAAGAAGCAGAAGCUGUGAGAAGCUCUCGGAGCGGUCCAGUGCAGGACACCGACUCUCAGUGUCCCAGUGAGGACAUCAACAGCCAGGAUCUGUUCAUCACCCAGAAGACCUUCAGGACGUCCCCCCAGGAGCUUUCCAGCAGCGAGGCUAGCGACAGAGCCGUCACCGCGUCUCCUCUGGAGUUCAACAACAACCGCCGUGAAGACCCGAAGGAGUCCGAGCCCAAAGCCGUCCAACCACACCUGGACGAGCCUUUUGGGAUGAGCUCCUCCUCAGGCCAGCGCCAGUCUUUGGCAGAGUCCUCCACGCAGACGGAGAACUUCUUCACCUCUGAACUCUGCUCCUUCUUCAGCUUCUGCCAGAGAAGCCGAGCGGCUGAAGACUUAAACGGCCUGAAACCUCUGGAUUUGAGUCUGCCGCAGAGGGUGAGGGCGAGGACAACCCUCUGUCUGACCAUGAAGGCCUCUGGUUCCUCCACCAAAGAUGGUCAGUCCAGCCCAAGCCCCCGUUUCCAGACCGAUCUCUCGUUCUCCAGUGAGGAGGACCAUCCCGGCUGCAGCAGCAGGAGAGAGAUGAUCCAGGUCAGAGCUGUCCAGAUGAAAUUAAACAAACCCUUCUUUUUCAAGACAAAAGGGGAGAGGCUGUCUCCCCGACCCGAGUCUCCGCUCAUGAAACUCUCUCAGGGCAGAGCCGUCAAGAGCCAUAGGCACCGCUGAGGAAAGCAGCCAGCUUCUGUGUCGUCUCCAGCAGGUCCAGCGGAGCAGCUCAGAUGUUUGUUCUCUGAGCUCUCCCAGCGUCAGUUCCUGUUCUCCUGCAUCAAAGUUGUUCAGAAAUAUGUUUCUUCCUGUAGAUUGUUGCACUUUCUCUUGUGGUUAGAGUAGAUGUUAGAGCCGGUUUGCUGAAUCCAUUUCUCGCUGUUCGUUUAGCAUUUUCAAUAUCAAAUUCUCUGCUUGGUACUGCUGACUUUUUUAUACAUUAAAUAAUACAUUAAUAUAAUAUGAAU